UUCGCGUUCAACUGUUUACUUUAGAAAGUCUGGUAAAUUAUUGGUUAUUAUUGACCCAUUCGAAUUGUGAAAUGGUGUAACGUCAUUAAGUGUAAAAACUACGAAGUCUUAGUUCAUUGAGAAAAAAAUGUCUUCCAAUGGAAAUCAGGUAUUUUGCCUAUCCUGUCUUAAUAGAUUUCAGACGGAUAUUGAACUAAGGUGGCAUCUACGUUUCAAUAUGUGUGCAAAUUCACCGGCCGAAAGACCACAAAAUAAUAUCAUGGACUACGAGCAGACAUUGCGUAAUAAAGGUUCAAGCACUGAUUCAAAUACUGAAGAUCCACGAGAUGGAAACUAUGAAUAUUGGACAUCGAGUGACAAAGGUUCAAGCACUGAUUCAAACAUUGAAGUUCCACGAGAUGGAAAUGAUGAAUUCAGUUGGUUAUCGUAUGACGAAGGUUCAAGCACUGAUUCAAAUACUGAAGAUCCACAAGAUGGAAAUGAUGAAUUCAUUUGGACAUCUAGUGACGGAGGUUCAAGCACUGAUUCAAAUAUUGAAGUUCCACGAGAUGGAAACUAUGAAUAUUGGACAUCGAGUGACGGAGGUUCAAGCACUGAUACAAAUAUUGAAGUUCCACGAGAUGGAAACGAUGAAUUCAGUUGGUUAUCGUAUGACGAAGGUUCAAGCACUGAAUCGAAUUUUGAAGAGCCAUAAAAUAAAUACGAUGUUUUUAUUGGACAUCGAGUAUCGGAGGUUCAAGCUCUGAAUCGAAUUUUUUCAUAAAGAGAAAAAAUGUUGUAAAUACUGUUCGAAGAAAUUCAUUUUUAUACUAAAAUACGCAUUAAAUCUCAUGUUAUUAUAUUUA